AUGUCCAUCAUCGUCCUCGUACUCGCGCUAUGUGCCGCCGCGCUGGUCUACUACACGACGACAGCGUUAUCGCGGACGCGUAGCAGACUUCCCCUUCCCCCAGGCCCCGAGGGAAACUGGGAUUUUGGGAGAUCGACUUCCUCGUUCGCGCACGUGUCGUUUCAGGAAUUGGAGACAUUGUUUCAAGAAUAUGGCCCCGUCGUCACGUUAAAGUCGGGAUCGAAGACGGUGGUGGUCAUCGGUCGACAACAAGCCGCGAGCGACAUCAUGGAGAAAGAGGGAGCAUCACUCGCUGACCGGCCAAAGUGGGUCGCAGCGAGCGAGAUCGUCUCUGGAGGCAUGAGGAUCCUUCUCCUGAACUCUGGCAAGCGGUUCAGGAAGCUUCGACGAGCAUUACAUAGCCAUCUGCAGGCGAAAGCAGUGGUCGAUUACGAGCCACUCCAGAUGCGCUACGCGAAGAACGUCAUUCUGGACCUUAUCGACGAUCCGGACAACCAUGCGUGCCACGCCAGACGGUACGCUGGAUCGUUGAUUCUGGCCUUGACGUAUGGGCGGACGGCGCCCGGUCGGUCUGACGAUCCGGAGAUUGUCGCUGUGGCGCGUUGCCUGCAAAGAGUCGGACUCGCGGUCCGUCCGGGCGAAUACAAAGUCGAUGAAUAUCCGCUCUUACGGUAUUGGCCUUUCUAUCGCAAGGAGCUCAGGGUAUGGCACGCAGAGGAGUUGGCGCUGUUUAGGAGCCAGAUGGAUACCGUUGCGAACAACAUGGACACUGUCCAGCCGUGCUUUGGGAAGUACCUCCUCGAGCACCAAGGGGAGCUCGAGCUCAAGUAUGACGAGCUGGUCUACCUCGCUGGUACCAUGUUCGGUGCUGGAUCCGCUACGACGGCAAGCGCGAUUAGCCUGGUUAUCAUGGCCGCUGCGUGUUUCCCUGCUGCUCAACGUGCGGUCCAGCAGCAAAUCGAUGAAGUAAUCGGAGGAGAUCGCGCACCAAACUUUGAGGAUUAUGCGGCCCUUCCUCGAGUAAAGGCUUUCAUAUUGGAGACGUAUCGCUGGCGACCGGUUGGAGGCAGUGGAUUUUCUCAUCGAGCUUCGAGGGAUGUUUUCUGGAAAAACUACUGCAUUCCCAAGGGGACUGUGGUCAUUGGUAACCACUGGUCCAUUUGUCGAGAUCCCGCUCUGUUCGAAGAUUCCGACGACUUCAACCCAGAUCGUUGGCUGGAUGAUCUCGGACGAAUCAAGGACGAUGUUCCCUUUUUCAAUUUUGGUUUUGGUAGAAGAAUCUGUCCUGGACAAUAUGUGGCUGACAAAUCUCUGUUUAUAAACACGGCGCUGAUUUUAUGGGCGUUUAACAUAACCCAAGUGGCAUCGGAACCCAUCGAUCCAACCAGUUUCGUCAGCGUCGGUGUUAGCAUCUCACCGCAGCCAUUCAAAGCGUGCUUCAACAAGAGGGUUGAGGGCAUACAUAGACUACUAGAAGGUUACGGUAUCUCACAUUAA